UUUUUUUUUCCUUGCCCAAUUUUUUUUUUAUCCUUUUUUUUUUCAUGUCACAGAAUGGAGAACGUCAAAACAAAGGAAUGCAACAUCUCUGACUAUGAAGAUAACGUGGAUACUCAAUGGGACGACAACUCUUCAACUGGUAGUACAACAAGUAGCGAUUAUGACCAACAAGAACAACAAGUGACUACACCAACUACAACUGAUCAUUAUUUUGAUCCCACUAAAAUGACAACUUCUCUUCCUUUAUUACCAUUUAAUAAUCAAGUAGGUGGACAUGCAUCUUUCUUCCGAUUCUCUAAACGUGCCAUUUGUAAACCUGUUACAAGAAAAGAACAACUCUUUUAUGAACAUUUGGAAGCGACUCAUCCUGAGCUUUUACCUUUUAUGUGUCAGAACCUUGGUAUUCUCAAUGUGACUUAUCGACAACAACGAAAAAAACCUUUUCCUGAAGUGGUAUUUGACAAGAAUAAACAUCUCUUACGCAAUUGGCGAGCAUGUUAUGGAAAAGAAAAAAAACGCCGGCGGUCAUCACUAUCUGAUCCACAUCGUACAUUUCAAGAACAAGUAUUACAUGAAGUUUUCUCUCCAAAGGCUUUACGGGAACGUUUACGAUUCGUAGAUCACUGGGAACAACGACGACGACAUACUAGUAACUCUACUUCUUCUUCUUCUUCUUCGUCACUAUCAUCUCCUUUAGAACCUUCACCAACAUCUUCUUUGCCACCUUCCUUGGAUCAAAGAGCCCCUUCUUGGAUGCAAAUGGAUAAUACUUUACUUGGACGUUCAGCACCUACUGUUAGUCAUAUUACUUCUCCAGAUACACCAUUCACCAUCAAUCGUAUUACUUUGGAAUCUCGACGACCAACUUUAAUUUCUGAUUCUCAAUUACCUUGCGACAAUCAACAAACUAAUGAUGAUGACAAUGAAGAUAUUUUAUUUACAAUGGAUGAUAUGGAUAUGGAUGAUCAAAAGAAAUUGGAAAAGAAAAGUAAAGAAGAUUCUUAUCUUGAUCGAUCCGUUACUUACUCUGCACCACCAUCUGUCAACAUGAUUGAUUCUUUGCCAACCACUCCACAACAUGCACCAUCUUCAUCACCGCUGCCGCCGACCCACGUGAUAGAAUUAGAACCUUCAUUAGUGGACACCACUGCUCUCCGACAUGCUCCGACGAAAUCUUGGUCAACAAGACAAACACCAGAUAAUCCUUGGUCUUUGCAAGUCUAUCAAAAGGAUCUACAGAAAAUGCGACAACAACAAGAACAUGAUUCUCAUCAACCCAAUGUAUCUUCAAUGUCGAAUCAACUGGGUGGAUCAACAACAUUAGCCGAGGAUUAUAGUAAAAAAUUCAUCUUAUUAGAAGACUUAACCGAUGGUGUUAAAUAUCCUUGUGUUUUGGAUUUGAAAAUGGGAACUCGACAAUAUGGUGUAGAUGCUACUCCAGCAAAGAUGCGAAGUCAAACUGUUAAAUGUGAACAAUCUACCAGUAAAACAUUAGGUGUACGAAUUUGUGGCAUGCAGGUUUAUAAUCUACAAGAACAAAAAUUUUUAUUUCAAGAUAAAUAUUAUGGAAGAAAAUUGAACUCUGAUACAUUCCGACAAACAUUAACAAAUUAUCUGGACAAUGGACAUGGUUGUCAAAUCCAUUAUAUUCCCACCAUUCUUCGACGAUUACAUCGAUUAGCCAACAUUAUUCAAACCAUGGACGACUAUCGUUUUUAUACCUCUUCUUUAUUAAUCAUUUACGAUGGAAAUCCCUCUAGUCAUCGAAAUAUUGACUUGCGUAUCAUUGACUUUGCUCAUUGUGUGACUCAAAAGGAAGUAUAUCAACAUCAAAAAUAUGUACAAGAUCAAAAUAAUAAUAAUAAUAAUACAACUAGUCAUGGUCUUCCUCUUCCAUUUACUUAUCCUCCACGACAUCAAGGUCCUGAUUAUGGUUAUCUUCUUGGUCUGAAAACUUUGAUACUGUAUUUUGAAUCCAUUUAUACCUCUCUGGGUGGUGAUCUUUCCCUCCUUAGUUUAGAACAUUGUCAUAUCUUUGGUGAUCUUGUUGAUCAUUCAUCAUAGAUUGUUUAUACUUUUUGUACAUUCCUAUUUUUGAAAUAAAAAAAAAAUUCUAUUUAUUGUA